GACAGCAGUGCCAACUGCCAAACUUCUUAUCAUCACCACUUAACACUUCACCUCCGAACAACUCCAUACAUACCCGCAUUCCUUUGUUGCUCGACACCCCCGCCGUUUUCGUUGGUCGUGUUUCUGAAAUACGUGAAAACUCGAUUUCACUAUUCAAAUCGCCAACAACCGAUCAUCUGAACCGCAUUUCACCCUCUUUUUUCAGGUCGCAUCAGGUUGAAGACAAGAAUCAUCGCCUAUCCAUGACACAGCCGACCGACAUAUGACGCCUCAGGCACUUUGAAUGCUCCUGACGGCAAUUAUAACCUAUCCUAAAGGCUCUCUACCGUUCUCUAGCCGACAGCGAGUCUUAUCAAGAUGCCUAUCGGCGAUCUCCUUGCCGAGAUUUCUGGCGGUAAUCCAUCUUCUGCGCCGACACCGAAGACACCUGCAUCGUCAAACCUCAAGCGCAAGGCAGAAGAUGAUUCGCAAAGUGCGACGUCAGUCAAGCUUGUGAAGUCACGACAACAGGAUGGCUCGUACUCGGCAAAUAAAGUGGUACGCGAAGUGAAGAAUGAGCCUAUUGACCGAACGAAGGCCAGCACAUCUACAUCCGCAUCUUCCAAACCUUCAUCUCUUCCUCACCGCACGAAUUCGCCAGCAACGAACGGCCGCUACGAACCACCUGUGCCAACUGGUCCGCGUGUAAUAGGCUCGUCAUCGAACGGCAGGCCGACACCUGGAUCAUUAUCUAGUACAUCUCAGGCAAAGCCAUCUUCGAACACUGCUAUUCGGCCAAAAUUAAGUUCAGCUUCCCUAGCAGCCGCCUCCAAGGCACCUCUCGUUAAAUCAGCACCUACUACACCUACUUCGUCCGAUCCGUCAAAACCGCCGAAGAAAGGAUCGUACCAAGAGAUUAUGGAGCGUGCGAAGAAGGCUCAGGCAAAGAUAGUGCCAGGAAAGGUUGGUGUGAUUCAACACAAACCUAUCGAGAAAGAUCGUCCUACGAAGCCGGAACCAAAGUCCAGUAUGGCAAAGAAGGCAAAUGGCAAAGGAUACGCUGGAAAUGCCCGACCGACUUCUGGAACUCGUGGUGUGACUAAGGCUGGACUGGCAUCCUCUGACAAUCGAAAUGGUGCCGCGAAGCACGUCGGUGGUAUUACUAGUACUAAGGCCCGACUUGGUUCGAUUGGCGGUGAAGCAGAGAAGAAACUCAAGAAAGCAGCAACGGCUACUACAGGCUACACCGGAACCGCUCGUCCUCGUCCUGGUGCAUCAUCAGGAAAGUCUUCUUCGUCUAAGAAGGGACCGUCAACCUCUUACAAGGCUGGUGGCCUUCUUGCGCCUCCUCGCACGGGUCGCCGAGACAAGUAUGAAGAUGAGUAUGAUGAUGAUUUGGACGAUUUCAUCGAGUACGAUGAAGAUGAUGAUCCUGAUCCUCGACACUACGACUAUGCAUCGGAUGGUUCGAGUGACAUGGAAGCUGGCAUAUCGGACAUUGAUGUAGAGGAGCGACGAGCCGAGUUGCUAGCACGUGAGGAGGACAAACGAGAGCAGGCACUGGAAGAGAAGCUCAAGCGUGAGAAGGAGGAACGACGACGACGCCUUGCCGCAGGUCGAUAAACCCCAAUCUUCUCUUCUAGUCUGCUCUGCGGGAGAACAAGGUUGUUCUACACAAACACGCGGUGCUGCAGUGGCCUCUUUGCCCUGGUUUUCUAGUCACGAUCACGGUUCGCGUCCCUAGACGGAAAUUGCAUGGAAGAAGGCGUUUUAUGAUUUCACACCCCCAAGGCAAAACCCGGAAGCAACGGCGUUCUUCAUGCAUAGUUGUGAGUUCAGGUCAUCAAAGGGAGUGAGUGGUGCGAUUUGGCUUGUACUUAAUUUCAGCAUAGCACAGCUUUAGAUUCCCUUGCUGGACACUUUUUUCGCAAGAAUUUCGAGCUCUGUACAUUCCGAGAUGGCUUAAAUGAUAAUUUGUAGUUAUUGUUUGUUUAUGUCUUAAACCGCCAGUUCUAGAAUUAGUUGUAGAUUUGUAUGUUAAAGGUUAAAGGACGACGACUAGCCCCGAUUCGUGAUCAAAUCUCUGUUUCACUUGGUGUUAAUGAGAAGGAAGUCGCCGAAGACAACGAUGUUUAGGAGUCUAGCACUGGCCUGCUGGCUUUUAAAAGCAACAGGCUCGAAGAAGAAAACGGCGAAAAGGAAGUCGAGCUCGGCGUUAUUAAGG